CUACCACUUAAUGUUUUGCGUGUACCGUCAACUCGAGCAAAUCAUCUGCUGAUCACUUUGAGAUCUCUCGCUUUUGAUUAAUCGAAGGACUUUACGCGUCCUUUGCUUGUAAUCUGAUUAUCCCAUCGGUAUGGUGACCACAAGAUUACAAGAGAGGCUGGGCCUGGACACGCCCAAUUCCUCCAGUGUCGAGGAUACGUCAAAUUCCACUGCAUCGCCAUCUGUGUCACGAGCAUCGAGGAAACGUUCUGCUCGAGGCAAUGAGACUCAUAAGGACUCCGCCAAAGCACGGGCUUCCCAGAGUUCUCUAGAGACGGAGCAAACAUCCCUACAACCAUCACAGUCUCAGAUCGAUACACCCGUAACGACUAACGAACAAAAUCUUCCUGAACGCUUGAAAUCGCCAGUUGAGUUCUACACUCCAGCCCCAGCCAAGACUCCCACGAACAAGAGGAAACGAUUCGACAGUGAUGAACCCGAGGACUCAAUUCUCGACAUGUUCCAGACACCUGCAGAGUACCCACGUGCCCGCGAUGUUGCGACGGAAGAAGAAGAACAAGGCGAUGAUGACAGCGAUGCUGCCCCCGAAGUAGUCAGUACGAGAAGUUCUGCCCGGCGUACUCGAUACCCGCCGGGAAGUGCCUCCAAAAGCAGUGGCAUUAAGCGGAGGAGGACCGCCACUUUAACGGGUCAAGACAAAGGAUCAGACCCUGCCUCAGGCUCCGGUCUCAUUGAUGUUGUCAAGCCGAACUCGACAUCAAUCGAGACUACCACAGAGGGUGACGACUACGUCGACGUACACGAUCCAGCGACUUCCACAGAACAGGCCCCUGAAGGCGAUGUUCCGGCGACAAACUCAGAGGACAAAGACCAGAUUGAGUCUGUCGCCAAUACAGUCGACAACCAGAUUUUGACAGAUUCGGACACAACGGUGACCGCCCUGCCCAGCACGUCUCUUCCAAAUGGUGAAGAGGAAGAUCAAUCCGCUGUGGCCGAGGUAGAGGAUACAAGCACCGCCGUCGUCGAGCGCACGUUCAACGGCGAGACCCUCGACGACCAAAGGCCUAGAGAAUCCAAUGACCAUGAAGAUGAUCCAUCCUCCUCAUCCGCCGCACGAACAGAUCAACGAGACAAAGCAUCUUCACACGUCCAAUUCGAAACCACAACACCCUCGUCGAGACCUCGCUCGCCAAUUGCCGCAGUCACAAAUCCCACUACUACCACUGCCGCCGCUCCAAAGCAGUCCGUACCAAUUUCUUCCAUCCGAUCCACCGUCGCCCAUCCACAGUCCCAGACCAACUCAUCGCACCAAUUCAAGAAGGCCAAAACUGCAAAGAGUCUGAAAAUUUCCGCACGCCGUCAACCCGCGUCGGCCCUUGUUCACCAACACCUCCCCAAACCCAAACCGACGUCGUUGCAAGAUUUUCGAAGCCGCAUGUUCAAUCGACACGCUCGAACCACCAAAUUUGGAGCGCCGGGACAGAAGAAGGUCAAGUUUGUCAGUGCAUAGAGGGUUGUUGUCGUUCUGUUGGUGGUGUAUCUACGUGUACUAGGUGCCUACGGACUUUCAUUACGGCAGCUCGCGGCGUUGUUUCAAUUUACCAAGGGCAGAUGUUGCAAUGAUGAGGAUGACACUUGGGUUGGCCAGGUAAUCACGCAAGUUACAAUAUAUCAUCAGAAAUGGAUAUGAAAUCACUUUGGUUCAACUACCUG